UUAAAGAGGCGUCCCUCCUCAGAACUCGCACUUACUGUAAGUGCAGGACGGGACUCCAUUCCAUUCCAUUACAUUACAUUACGGACUCCGCACGCAUAACCAUAACCUAAACGACCUUUAACCUCUUGGACCUUCCUGGAUUUCACAUAAAUACGGAAUUCACAUAAUUGUGCAUCUGCAAACAAUCUGCUUUGAGAAGUGUGUCGUCAAAUAUUCCGUGGAUUUACUUUCUUUAAGCAGAAAUAACCUCUUACUUUGGAACUCACCCUAUCUGUCCGUGGAUUCGUACUGGGAAUUGGUGUCGUCUAAGUGGACGAAAAAAAACACAUUUUUCAAAACAAUUGACCAUCGUCGAAUGGACCAACACCCCGGCGCACGGAGCUGUACCGGCCGCGGAGCAGCGUCUUGCGAGGUCGCCGCCGGCGAGCCCUCCAUGAAUUUGCACAUCCACUCCACAACCGGCACCCAUUUCGAGCUGUCUCUGCCCGCGGAGGAGACGGUGGAAGGGCUGAAGCGAAAGCUCUCGCAGCGACUUCGAGUGCCCAAGGAGAGACUUGCACUACUGCACAAGGAGACGCCUCUAAGUUCAGGGAAACUCCGAGACUUCGGGAUAGCCGAUGGGAGCAAACUGACACUCGUGCCAACAGUUGAAGCAGGAUUAAUGUCGCAGGCAUCGAGACCGGAGCAGUCCAUCAUGCAAGCCUUGGAGAGUUUGACAGAAACGCAGGUCAGUGACUUCCUGUCGGGGCGGUCCCCGCUGACGCUGGCUCUGCGCGUGGGCGAUCACAUGAUGUUCAUCCAGCUGCAGCUGGCGGCUCAGCAGCUGCACCACCGUCACCUGAUCUCCCCCCCGCGCCCCCCCCCACUCCCACCGGGUCUCCACGGCAACGCCCGCCUGUCCCGCGCCCCCCGCCACCCGCCCGCCCCGGCCCCACGCCUUCACCCCAACUCCCCAACUCGCCCCCUGCCAACCGCAGCACCCCGCCCUCCUCCCCCUGUCUCUCCCUCUCCCUCUCCCUCUCCCUCUCCCUCUCCCUCUCCCUCUCCCUCUCCCUCUCCCUCUCCCUCUCCCUCUCCCUCUCCCUCUCCCUCUCCCUCUCUCUCUCUCUCUCUCUCCCUCUCCCUCCCCCGCCGCACGCAGAGUCCUGCCUCAGGCUCCGCCCCCUCCUCCCCGCCCUCCCGCAAGCCCGGCGCCUUCAUCGAGAGCUUCGUUAGCCACGCCCCCGGCGUCUUCUCCGGAACCUUCUCAGGCACUCUGCACCCGAGCUGUCAGGACCGGACGGGCCGGCCCCGGCGGGAUGCCGGCACCAUCCUGCACAUUCUGAGCGACCUGCUGAGCGCCACCCGCCACUGCCAGGGUCUCCCAGCGUCCCUCGCUCAGCUGCGCUGCCCCGCGCCCGGCGCCCCCUCCUCCCCGCCCCCCUCCCCCGUCGGGAGCGCCCCCCUGAGCCCCGGCGGCCUGCAGACACCGAGCCACAGCCACAACCACGGCCACAGCCACAACCAGAGCCACAGCCACAACCAGAGCCACAGCCACAACCAGAGCCAGAGCUACAGCCACAGCCACAACCAGGGGAGCAGGCCCGCCGGCGAGGGCGUGCGGCAGACGGAGAACCGCGCGACGCGCUGCAAGCUGGAGCGGCUGCAGCUGCUGCUGGAGCAGAGGCGCCUGCGCAGACAGGCCCGUCGCCACGGCAACGCCCCCUACCGCUGGCCGGCCAAUCGCGGCGCGGCGCGGGGCAGCCUGUCGAGCGGCUCCUCCUCCCCCCUGGACCUGGAGUACGACGACGCCGUGUGGAUGCCCGACGUCUCGCCCGACCUGGGCUCCGAGUUCGUCAUGGCUUAACGCCGCGGCCCCUCACAUCCCCUCUCUCUCUGGGACCGGAGGAGGAGAGGAGGAGGAGGAAGGAGAGGAGAGGAGAGGAGGAGGAGGAGGAGGAGGAGGAAGGAGUCUGGACGGAGGGAACAGGGCGAGAAGGAAACGGGUGCGAUGAAUAAGCCUGCUACCCCUGACAACAGGCCACACCCCCCCAGCCCCUCCCCCUCCUCGCGACUCUCCAUUGACCUUUGAACUUUACGCUGUCCUCUCUUUGUUUUUGUUAUUAUUUUUGUAAUGGAGAUAUAACAGUGGGUUGUAUUUCUCUUUUUUUUGUUUUUGGAGUGCGGUGGGGGAAUUGAAUGAUUGAACUGAAACAGACAUUGCUCUGGAUCCUGACCACAGACUAUGGGCUUCAGCGCUGGUUUUCUCUCGCUAAACACAUCUACAUGCUGGACUCAAACAGGACUGUGCAUUCAGGACUGCAGCUGCUGUACCCGUGCAUUCAGGAGUAUAGCUAUUGUAUUUGGGGAAAGCGCCUCUUGUCGGCCACAGUCUACCCUUUACCUCCCAGACAUGGGCUUUUUAGGUUUCUCUCCAAUAUGAAUGAAAUUG